GAACACGGCCUGUUACUUUUUAAUCAAUAGUACAUACAAUGAAUAUAUAUGUAUACAAUGAAACUACAGUGUAAUUUUAUUAUAACAUUGGAGUUUACUUUGAGACAUUACACUCAACAUGAAGUUUCAGGUUAAAUUGAUUUUAGUGAUGAUAUGCGUAUAUACUGUGCUUGGAGCAAAAUUUGAAGCGUUCUAUCCAAGAGAAGCAUAUGGAGUCAGUAACGGAGCAUCCAGGUCUCCUCAUGGUCAUGGCUCAUUUUAUAAAUACAGAAAUCCAGCUCUUGUAGACGCUAAAAAUUCACCAGCUUACGGUUAUAGAUUUGAUGGUAAAAGACGUUUCAACUUUGACUAAAUCAAUAAAUAUGCUGUAAUUUUGUUU